GGCGACGACGGUGGUGGUGGUGGUGGUGGAGACGACGUGACCUUCAGUAGGCCACGCCAGGUUGCGUCAGCGACUGUGGUGGAUUACAGCCGACAAAAGGAAAAAGGGUCGUUAAUUUUUGAUGGGUUCCGCCCAUUAAAAACUGGGUGGUUCGGAAUUUGCUUUUUUAGGAAAUUUCAACAGGGUCGCGUGCUUGGAUCCUGGUUGGGGUCAGCUGACAUGGAUGUGACAACGAUCACAAUGGCGAAUUGGAGCUCCUCGUACUCUUCCUCAUGA